AUGCUGACGCCGCCGCGGCGGGCCCGGACGCCGGCCGGAGCUUCCGAGCGUCCGCGCUUGCCACCGCCGCCGCCGAGGGCCAACGCGUCACUGCUGGCGUCCCCGCCGGCCACCCCCGCCGCCGACUUGUGCUCGCCGCGCCCGGAGGACGUGCUGUGGGACGACCCCAGCCUGCUGGCCUCGCUCGCCGUGCUCGCCGUCAUCAACGUGAUGGUGAUCGUGGGCAACUGCCUGGUGAUCGCCGCCGUCUUCAUGAGCUCCAAGCUGCGCUCCGUCACCAACCUCUUCAUCGUGUCGCUGGCCGUCGCCGACCUUAUGGUGGGGGUGGCGGUGCUGCCCUUCAGUGCUACCUGGGAGGUCUUCAAGACCCCCACCGCGUCUCGGCCAACAAACCUGGCGGCGCCAGGGCGGAGCCGAGGCGCGGGCGAUCGAAGGCAGAUGGGGAAUCGAUGGUUUGGGCGGCGCGGCGGCGCGCACCUGCCGAAUCGCCUCGCGCCGCCUCCGGGGCCUCGGCUCUGCCUUCGCGGCGCCGCGCGGCCCGCCAACGAAGGUCGCGAAGACGACGCGGCUUCGAGCCCACUUCGACGGCACGCACGAUAA